AUGACGUCAGAAGCCCCCUUGGUGACAUCAGGGACCCCCUUGGUGACAUCAGAGACUCCAUUGGUGACAUCGGGACCCCCAUUGGUGACAUCAGGGACCCCAUUGGUGACGUCAGAGCCCCCAUUGGUGACAUCAGAGCCCCCAUUGGUGACAUCAGAGCCCCCAUUGGUGACGUCAGAGCCCCCAUUGGUGACAUCGGGACCCCCAUUGGUGACGUCAGAGCCCCCAUUGGUGACAUCGGGACCCCCAUUGGUGACAUCAGAGCCCCCAUUGGUGACAUCAGAGCCCCCAUUGAUGACACCAGGACCCACACUGAUGAUGUCACCGCCCCCCUUGGUGACGUCACCACCCCCCCCGCUGCCGUCAGGCCCCGACCCCCUCCCCCCCCGCCGCCCCUUGCUCCGGGCCCCCCGCUUCACCCCAGGCCCCGCCCACCUCCGCAUCUACCAAUCGCUGGCCGAGGGAGAGGCUGACAUCACGGCCCCGCCCCCCGCUGACGUCACCACCGAGGCGGGAGGGGGCAGCCCCCUGCCCCCCAACCCGGAAGCCGCCUCCACCAAUGGCAGCGCCCGGAGGCCCUUCCCCAACCACUUGGCCCUGCCCCGCUUCGGUGACGUCAUCAAGGAGGGUGGUGACGUCAUCAAGGAGGGCAAUGACGUCAUCGAGGACAUGGCGCGGGUCUACAGCCUCCUGAGCAGGGCCCGGGUGCAGCUCGACUCCAUCGACCGCUGCCGAUGGCACCCACCCAUGGUGUCAACAGGAGAUGGGCCCAAAGAGCUGGAGGCUGAGGGGGGGCCUGGAGACCCACAGGCCCCCCCCGCUGGUGGUCGCUGCUCUCGCUCCCCCCUGUCCCGAGCCCCUGGCCCCGAGAGCGAGCCCAGGAGGAGCCGGAGCCCCCCCCCAGCCUCGCCGGGUUUCCCGCGCGGCCGCUUCCCGCGCUCGGACGCCGCAGCGCCCCCUGGCGUGGCGCGGAAGAACCGCAUGGCGCGCUGCGGGCGCUGCCGCGGCUGCCGCCGGGCCCACGACUGCGGCGCAUGCGCGAACUGCAGGGACAAGCCCAAGUUCGGGGGGCCCAACACCAAGAAGCAGUGCUGCGUGUACCGCAAAUGCGACAAGAUCGAGGCGAGGAAGAUGGAGCGGCUGGCACGGAAAGGCCGCUGCCCCCCGCGUGGCGCCCCCUGGGACUCGGAGGACUCCGGGGACUCCCUGGCGGAGCCGGGGGGGGCAGAGCCCACGUGGGAGGGGGGAGGGGAGGGGGGGCCCCCCCCGGAGCCCGGGGCCCUCCCCCCAACCCCGCCCCCCCCGCGCCGCUCCGGGAGGCGCCGCCCCCCUCCCCCCCUCGGCGAGGGGGACAAUGGGGGGGGGGAGGGAGAGGACCCCCCCCCGGAGGACCUGGACCCCCCCCGGCCCCGCAGGGCCCCGCUCCAGCCCCUGCUGCAGCUGCGGGCGCGGCGCCGGCACCCACAGGAGUGGGGCCCCCCCGGCGCCCUGGGCCCCCCCCACAAUGGGUGGUCGGGGAAGGGGCGCUCCAGUGAUGGGGUGCACCGGGUGCGCGUGGACUUCAAGGAGGACAGUGCCCUGGACAAUGUGUGGCUGCUGGGGGGCCUCAGCAUCGUCUCCUCCGUGCCCGUCAGCGCCCCCCUCGUCUGCCUGCUCUGCGCCAGCAAGGGCCAGCACCAGCUCCUCCUGUGCCAGGUUUGCUGCCAGCCCUUCCACGGGUUCUGCCUGGCGCGGGGGGAGGGGCCGGGGCCCGGCCAGGCCGGAGCCUGGAGCUGCCGCCAGUGCCGGAGCUGUCACGUGUGCGGGAGGAGGGGCCGCGGGGGCAAGCCCCUCCUCGAGUGCUGCCGCUGCCGCCGCUGCUUCCACCCCCCCUGCCUGGGGCCCAGCGCCCCCCCCCGGCCCCCCCGCGCCACCGCCUGGCUGUGCUGGGGGUGCUCCCGGUGCCGGCGCUGUGGGGCCACCCCAGGGCGGGGGGGGGACCCCGAAUGGGAGCCCCAGGAUGGGCUCUGCCCCCCCUGCGCCCGCCUCGGGCGCUGCUGCCCCGUCUGCACCCGUUGGGGGGGGGAGGAAGAGGAGGGGGGAGGGGAGGAGCCGCCCCUCCCCCGCUGCCCCCAGUGCCGCCGGCGCCUGCCUGCACCCAGCACCCACGAGGCUGAGGAGGCUCCGGGCGCUGCCACGGGGGGGUCCCUGCAGGGGGCGCUGCGGCGCGUGCUGGGGGGGCUCCUGCGCUCCCCCCAUGGGGCCCCCCUCAGCCACUGCCCCCAGUGCCCCCCCGGGGGGGGGGUGAAGCUGCACCCAGGGCCCUGCGACCUGGGAGCCAUUGGGGAGCUGCUGGAAGGAGGCCACUACAGCUCCGUGCAGGACUUCAGCCACGACGUCAUUGGGGUGCUGCUGCGGGGGGGGGCACCCAUGGGGGGCAGCCCCACAAGUGACGGCGCCUGUGAGCUCUUCAUCCAGCUCAUGCUUGGAGCCUUCCCCUGCUUCGACAUCCGGGACCCCAAGCGCUGGCGGCCGCCGGGGGACGGGGACCCUGACCGCCUGCCCCACGCCGUGCUGCCCCCCUCCCCCGACCACACGUACGCCCAAUGGCGGCCGGAGCCCCCCCUGCCCCCCACCGAGGAAGGGGCGGAGCCAACGGUGCCCAAUGGGGGAGGGGAGGACGAUCGCCAGUGCGCCCUGUGCCUGCAGUGCGGGGAUGCGCCCUGCCAGGACGAGGGCCGCCUGCUCUACAUCGGCCAGAACGAGUGGACCCACGUGAACUGCGCCCUGUGGUCGGCCGAGGUCUUCGAGGAGGGGGAUGGGACCCUGCAGAACGUGCACGCUGCUGUGGCCCGCGGGCGCCAGAUGCGCUGUGAGCACUGCGGGCGCCCCGGGGCCACCGUCGGCUGCUGUUUGCCCUCCUGCGUCGCCAACUUCCACUUCAUGUGCGCCCGGCGGCGCCGCGCCGCCUUCCAGCGGGACAAGAGGGUGUUCUGCCAGCGGCACGCGCGCCUGCGGGACCCCAGCGCGCUGGUGCAGGACGAGGGCUUUGCGGUUCUGCGCCGGGUCCUGGUGGACUUUGGGGGCCUGAGCCUCAAGAGGAAGUUCCUGGGGGGGCUGGAGCCCGAGGCCGUGCACAUGAUGAUAGGCUCCAUCCGCAUCGACAGCCUGGGGGCGCUGACGGAGCUGUCGGAGCGCGACGGGAGGCUCUUCCCAGUCGGAUACCAGUGCUGGCGCCUCUACUGGAGCACCCGGGACGCGCGGCGCCGGUGCUGGUACCGCUGCCGGAUCCUGGAGCGGGCGCCGGGGGGGGAGGGGGGCGCCCGGCCCCGCCCCCCCGAUAUCAACCGCACCAUAGCCCACGGUCCCGCCCCAGGGUCCCCCCCCAGCCCCAUUGCGGGGGGGGGCCCGGAAGGAGCUUGGGGCACCCCCAGCCCCCACCCCACACGGAGACCCCCAACGGGGACCUCGUCCAGGCCCCUCCCAUCCCCCGGCACCGCCCCCCCCGUCCCCCGUCACAUCCUGACCGUCGGGGACCCCGAGUUCCCCCCCCCCCGCCGGGCCCGCAGGAGCCUGGCACCCAUGGGUGCCCCCCAGUGCUGGCCCAAUGGGGCUCCCAAUGGGGCCAUGGAUCCCAAUGGAUCAAUGGCACCCAAUGGGGCACCCAAUGGGUCAAUGGCACCCAAUGGGGCCCUCAAUGGAUCAAUGGCACCCAAUGGAGCCCUCAAUGGAUCAAUGGCACCCAAUGGAUCAAUGGCACCCAAUGGAGCAAGCUCAUCGUCAAGGCCAGCAUCACCCAUGGAGCCAAUAGCACCCAAUGAGCACCCAUCAUCAUCUAUGGGACCAGCAUCGCCUAUGGGGCACCCAUCAUCACCUAUGGGACCAGCAUCGCCUAUGGGACCAGCAUCGCCUAUGGGGCACCCAUCAUCACCUAUGGGACCAGCAUCACCCAAUGGACCGAGCCCAUUACCACCCAUGGGUGCCCCCCCAUUGUCCCCACUGGCCCUCAGCCACCUCUUGGGGGGGGCACCCAUGGGUGACAGCAGCGAGGACGAGGACAUGGGCGCCCCCAACGGCACCCAUAGAGGGGGGGGCACCCAUAGGGGGGGCACCCAUAGGGACCCCUAUGUCCACUUCAGCCGCACCGUGGUGGCCCGGCCCCCCCCAUCCCCUUGCCCCUGCCCCACAUCGCCCCACAUCGACCAAUUGGAUGGGGUGGACGAUGGGGACAAGGGCGCGGGGGCACCCAUGGGUGCUGGGUCUAUGGGUGCCCCCCCUAUGGGUGCCCCUAUGGGGCCAGCACCCAAUGAGCAUCUCCCAUCGGACAUCGUGGACUUCGUCCUCAAGAGCAUGGGGGCCAAUGGCACCCAAGGGGUCAAUGGGGACGGGGGCACCCAAUGGGUGCCCCAUAAGGGUGAUGGAGGUGGUGGCACCCAAUGGGGUGGCACCCAUGGACAGGAUGCCCAUAGCAGCCAAUGGGAUGGCACCCAUCAAGAGGACAGCACCCAUAGCACCCAAUGGGACGGCACCCAUCAAGAGGACAGCACCCAUAGCACCCAAUGGGACGGCACCCAUCAAGAGGACAGCACCCAUAGCACACAAUGGGACGGCACCCAUCAAGAGGACAGCACCCAUAGCACCCAAUGGGAUGGCACCCAUCAAGAGGAGAGCCAAUGGGAUGGCACCCAUCAAGGUGGUACCCAUAGCACCCAUCAAGAGGACAGCACCCAUAGCACCCAAUGGGACGGCACCCAUCAAGAGGACAGCACCCAUGGCCAUAGCACCCAAUGGGCCCCCAAUAGAGCCACCCCCACCCAUGCCAAUGGCACCCAUGGGUGCAACGCCUCCAUUGGUGACAAUGGAACCCAUUGGGUGCCCCCGUGGCCACCCAAGCGCCGGGGGGCACCCAUGGGUGCUGGAGCCCCCAAACGGGCGCGCAUGGAGCCCAUUGGGGACCAUGGGGAUGGAGGCGAGGAGAAGAUGGAGAUGAGGGCCAUGGGGGACCCCAUCAAAGAGGAGCCCGAGGAGCUGAGUGAUGGGGGCAGCUUCGGGUCCCCCCCCCCAAGCGAUGCUGCCCUGGACCCCCCCUGGGCCACGUUCACAGGUGCCAGCUCGGAGGACGAGGCCCCUCCCCCCCCCGAGGGGGCCCCUCCCCCCCCCGGCCGCCCCCACCUCUGCUUCGAGAUCAGCAGCGAGGACGGGCUCAGGGUGACGGCGGCGUCCAUUGAGGGGGCCUGGUCCGCGGUGCUGGAGCAGGUGCAGGAGGCGCGCGCCAAGGCCCGGCUCAAGCAGCUCUCGUUUGCCGGGAUGAGCGGGCUGCGGGUGCUGGGCAUGCACCACGACGCCGUCGUCUUCCUCCUGGAGCAGCUCCCGGGCGCCGGCUCCUGCUCCCGGUACCGCUUCCGGUACCACCCCCGCCGGGAGCGGGGCCCCCCCCACAGCCCCCCCCACAACCCCUCCGGCUGCGCCCGCGCCGAGCUCUACCUGCGCAAGUGCACCUUCGACAUGUUCAGCUUCCUGGCGUCCCAGCACCGGACCCUGCCCCAGGGGCCCCCCCCCCGCGAGGAUGAGGAGGAUGAGGUGCAGCUGAAGCCCACCCGCCGUGCCACCAGCCUGGAGCUCCCCAUGGCCAUGCGCUUCCGGCACCUCAAGAGGACGGCGAAGGAAGCGGUGGGGGUCUAUCGCUCUGCCAUCCACGGCCGGGGCCUGUUCUGCAAGCGCAACAUCGAGGCGGGGGAGAUGGUGAUCGAGUACUCGGGCAUCGUCGUGCGCUCCGUGCUCACCGACAAGAGGGAGAAGUUCUACGACAGCAAGGGCAUCGGGUGCUACAUGUUCCGCAUGGACGCCUCGGAGGUGGUGGACGCCACCAUGCACGGCAGCGCGGCGCGGUUCAUCAACCACUCCUGCGAGCCCAACUGCUACUCGCGGGUGAUCCAGGUGGAGGGCGCCAAGCACAUCGUCAUCUUCGCGCUGCGCCGCAUCCUGCGCGGGGAGGAGCUCACCUACGACUACAAGUUCCCCAUCGAGGAGCCCGCGGCCAAGCUGCCCUGCAACUGCGGCGCCCGCCGCUGCCGCCGCUUCCUCAACUGAGCGGGGACG